GGGCAGCACUAAAGUUCUCACGGUACUAGUAUAGGGCGCCUUGGCCUGUCGAUAUCUUCCUGUUUCAAGUUUCGGUCAAGAUCCUUGCCUCUUCCAGUUUCGUGUCGCUGUAGCCAGCAAGCUCCCCAAACUUGAAGCCCGACUGGACAAACAGAGUGUGUGGUAUCAAAUCCGUGCCUGGUUUCUGGCAAAUGUACCAAGGAAAGAUCCGUCGAUUUCUUCUCCACCUUCAUUCAUCAGCCUUCACCGGUAACCUUGGGCCCUGGUACUUCUGCCGAUCCGCAUCAAUGUCAUCAUCUGUUCCUCCAUUCAGUCGUCAUAGGACGGGUGUCUGCUGCAGGUACCAGCUGGCCUACUACUCCUUCAAAGGUCGCCUUAAAUGGGACGAGGAAAUGCAACAGCCCAACCCCAUCGCACGGCACGGUAGGUGUCCUCAGGUACCGCAUUGUAGGUAUCCGUAGGUGUGAGUUACCGUAACUGGACCAUGGCGUUCACGACUCUUCUUUGUCUUGCUGCUUGUGUGCACUCGGCUUUCUCAUUCAAACAGACGAUUUAUGAUACGUACGACUUCGACCCUCUUCAGCAUCUGGCCGGAAUCGCACCCUACUUUGAACCUGCGGAUCCUCCCCGAAAUCCAAACCCGCCGAAUGGAUGCGCCGUGACACGGGCGGCGUACCUCGUCCGCCAUGCUGCUAUCAACGCGAAUGACUAUGACUACGAGAGCUAUAUCGAACCAUUCGUAUCCAAGUUGAAGAACCAUACCAACAUCAACUGGGCGCAGUUACCUGAAUUGGCUUUCCUUUCGGCGUGGUCCCCUCCAGCGUUCGCUGAACAGGAAAUCCUUACCCGUGUCGGGAAGCUCGAAGCCUCCCAACUCGGCGUCCAGUUGUCCUUCCGGUACCCGAAUUUCCGCCUGCCCGAGAAAGUAUGGUCUUCGACCGCAGAGCGGACGGUGGUGUCCGCAGAGUCUUUCAUCCAUGGAUACGAGAUGAACAACGGCAGCAUCAACCUCGUGGAAAUAUACGAAAGUGAAGAAGGAGGAGCGAACACCCUCACGCCGUAUGACAGUUGCCCAGCGUACUCAUCCUCGGCUGGGAGCAAGCAAUCACAGCAAUAUCUGAAGAAAUGGUCUGCGCCAUAUCUUUCACGACUGAAUGCGGCGUUUCCAUCGUUCAACUUCACCUCCUCCGACAUAUUUGGCAUGAUGGAGCUGUGUGGAUAUGAGACGGUCAUUCGAGGUUCUUCUCCCUUCUGCUCGCUCGACGUCUUUCCGCCAGACGCAUGGUUGGAUUUCGAGUACACCAACGACAUCAUGUACUUCUACAACACGGGCUAUGGCCAGCCUGUCAGUGGAAACAUCGGCCUCCCUUGGGUCAAUGCAUCCAUCUCCCUUCUCACCGCCGACACUCCGAGCCCAGACCAAGACAUCUUCGUCAGUUUUACACAUCGAGAGCUACCGCCCACCGUGCUGGUUGCCAUGGGCCUCUUCAACAACACCGAGUUUGGAGGGGGAAAUGCCAACGACAGCAUGCCCCUGGACCGGAUCAACUAUAACCGUGCAUGGGUCUCCUCAUACAUCCUGCCUUUCCUGACCAACAUCGCCAUCGAGCGCAUGAACUGUUCUGCCCGGCAAGGCACUUACAACGACGUCACUGAAGACGACUACUACCGGGUGCUUGUGAACAAUGCCCCACAGACGUUGCCCGGCUGCUAUGACGGUCCAGACGAGAGUUGCAGUUUCUCAGGCUUGUCCAAGUGGUUGGAUGAGCGGACUGUGUUGUUCGGUGGAUAUUCGCAGGCCUGCAACACUACCAGCCAGUACAAAAACUCGACCGACAUUGUCACUUUCUACCAAAAUCCAGGCAACGGGUCUUCCGUGCCCUAACCAUCCAGCGUUGCCAGGCAUAAGGACGUGAAAACCUUGAAGAUAUUCUUAUGUACAAUACCUCAAUUAAUACUAAUUCCAUAACCAUUGGAUUUUCAAUGCACCUCUCCUAGAGAUCAAACAUUUACCUCUCAAGACCUCUGCGUCUUAGGCUUCAAGUUCCUGGCAAGUUGAAAAAAACAUGGGCCGGGAGAAAGCGGGACUCUGCCAACUUGAAGUGCCCAGGCAAUAACCUACGUUCAUGGCAAAUGUAAAGAAAAGGUAGAGAUCCGAGUCUCAGGGUCGGCUGCAUCAAAAGGAAAGCCAGGAGGAUAGACGGACAUGGCUUUGGCAUUGGCUUUCGUGACAACUUGAAGCCUGGAACGUGCAUCUGCCUCGCAGCCUACUACUGUACGGUCGGCAAAAGCAGUGGCGAGUACUAGUACUAGUAGUAGCUGUCACGGGAAUCUGGGGAUGAAGUCUACCCAGGUUGUCAUUUCAUGGUCUCAUGUACCAGUAUUGGCAAAGUCGGUUUUAUUCUAGGAGAAACGAAGGAUUCGCUCGAUCAAUCUCUCUUAUUGUGGGCUGUGCCGUUUACCAGCCCAUUAACGAUAUCGCUUCUGUCAAUAGAGCCAUUGAGUACGUUGCCGUGACAGAGGGAGUCUCUGGGUACUGGUAUCUCAUGAACUUUCAUGUCCAUGCCGACCCAG